CGCCGCCACACGGCUCGUGUGUUGAUGCAGUGCCGGUGUUUCGGUUUGACCGGUGACCGUGUUAACCGAGGACCAUCAGACCAAUGUCUUCGUGGUUGUCGUGACGACAGGAACAGAAAGAUGGCUCCAACGGUUGUCAUCCACUCCCGUGAUAUGUUACAAGAAUCACGCGAUAGUUAGCCACUUGUUUAGAAUUCCCGAAAGAUGGCGGCGCCUCCAGAUGAGGCUAGCCUGCAGUCUCGCAUCAACAAGGCCACCAACCCCCUGAAUACGGAGACUGACUGGGACUGUAUCAAGGGUUUUUGUGAUCAGCUCAAUGAUGAACCAGAAGGUCCCCAGCUUGCAACCAGACUUCUGGCCCACAAAAUCCAGUCUCCUCAGGAGUGGGAGGCUAUGCAGGCACUUAUGGUUCUUGAGACGUGCAUGAAGAUCUGCGGAAAGCGCUUUCACGGUGAAGUGGGAAAGUUUCGCUUUCUUAAUGAGCUCAUAAAGGUGGUCUCACCCAAGUACUUGGGUACUCGGGCUCCAGAGCCAGUAAAGAAGAAGGUUUUAGAAAUGAUGUUCAGCUGGACAGUGAGAAUGCCAGAAGAGACCAAAAUAGCAGAAGCCUAUCAGAUGCUGAAAAAACAAGGCAUUGUCAAGCAGGAUCCUGUGCUUCCUGAUGACAAGCCCCUCCCGCUGCCUCCACCCAGAACUGCAAGUGCCAUCUUUGAGGAUGAGGAGAAAUCCAAGAUGCUGUCUCGCCUGUUGAACAGCACUCAACCUGAAGAUCUGAGGGCAGCAAACAAACUCAUCAAGGAAAUGGUCCAGGAGGACCAAAAGCGAGUGGAGAAAGUAUCAAAGCGGGUUAACGCCAUCCAGGAGGUGAAAGAGAGCGUGAGCCUGCUGAGCCAGCUGCUAGAGGGCUACAGCAAAGAGAGCUGCUCCCAGAGCAACCAGGAGCUGAUUAAGGAUCUUUACCAGCGCUGUGAAAAGAUGAGGCCCACGCUUUUCCGAUUAGCCAGCGAUACAGAGGAUAAUGAUGAAGCCUUAGCGGAUAUCUUACAGGCCAAUGACAGUUUGACACAGGUCAUCAACCUGUACAGGCAGCUGGUGAAGGGGGAGGAAGUGACAAGUGAUGGCAUAACCAAAUCCUCACAACCAGGCAGCAGCAGUUCAGCACUUGUUGACCUGGCAGGGCUUAAUCCAUCAGCCAGCACAGCACCGUCCAACCCAGAGCCCUCCAGCCUACAGAUCCUGACUCAGAGCAUCGGCAUCAGCCUCCUGGAUGACGAACUCAUGUCACUGGGACUGAAUGUAACUGAAAACUGUGAUCCUCAGAACAUGUUUCAGUCCUCUGAUGGCACAGAAUUCUACACUCCAUCAGUCCCAGCUACAGUGCUGCUACCGGCUGUGGCCCAAACUCCACAGGCCCCACCAGUAGGGGGCCCCACAGCUGCUCCCAAAGCCAUGGAUGAGCUAGACUUGCUGGGGAAGACUUUGUUACAGCAGUCUCUACCUCCAGAGAGCCAGCAGGUCAAAUGGGAUAAACUCCAACCUCAGUCAAGAGUCCCCUUACGAGAUCUCCAGACCAAGUCCAGCACCAACUCUAGACCUGUUUCUACUGCAACUACAACCUCCUCCGGUGCCGCUCCCGGGCCGACAUUCAGCCUGGCUUAUCACUCUGAACAGCCUGACAUUCUCCUCUCCAAUCCCAGUCUCACAGCUGCUGACCCCCACAACAACAUCUCCCUAGCUGACGUUACAGUGCCUCUGGAAUUAAUCAAACCAAGCAGCUUGUUACCAGUGACUGUAUUUGACAAACACAGCCUCCGAGUUUUAUUCACGUUUGCUCGUGACUGUCCACCGUCACGACCUGACGUGCUGGUGGUGAUCAUCUCCAUGCUGUCCUCAGCCCCCAUUCCUGUCACCAACAUCCGCUUUCAGGCAGCUGUACCCAAGGUGAUGAAAGUGAAACUACAGCCUCCGUCUAGUACUGAGCUCCCAGCCUUCAACCCCAUCCUGCCUCCAUCCACCAUCACACAGAUUCUGCUGUUGGCUAAUCCAUAUAAGGAAAAAGUGCGUUUGCGGUACAAGAUCACAUUCAACCUUGGGGACAAAUCUCUUGAUGAAUCUGGUGAUGUGGACCACUUCCCACCUCCAAACACCUGGGGGAACCAUUAGUGUGAAGGAAACACCUUCCUGUCAUCUGAUCUGCUGCUUCCUUUUUAGAUUAAGGUUGAAGUUGUCCCUUAUCGCCGGCUGAGGCAAAACGUCCUCUGUACACUUCAGUGGUUUCAAACUCUGGUUUGAUAACACAAACUGACGUGAGGCUAGCAGCGGGAAACAGCUUCUACCUUGUGCCUUCCUGUCCUUUAUCCAAUCAUCUCCAUGUUCCUGUGUUUCGUAGCUACAUUCCCUUCUUCAAACAAUCAGUCUAACAUGGUGAUAUAAAGCACACUGGCAAAAAACACUGAUUCAGUGCAGCGACUUUUGGGAAAAACAAGUUGAGCCUUUUAAAAAAAACUGAAUGUGUGCAUUUGGCUGAUUUACAUACCGUUUAACAAUCCUCUUAGAUGUCUUACGUCAUGUAAACUACACGUAGAAGAUGCUGUCUGACAUUUUUACAAAGCAAAGCAAAGUGUCAUAUGCACACAGAGUAAUAUACAACAGCCAAAAACCUAAUGUGUUUAAUUUAUGAUAUAGAAUAGUCAGUAUUUUACUUGAUUAAUCUGUAUUGAAAGUUGUUUCUGAUCACAUGACAACCUGUUUCAGAGCUACUGUUCGAGGAAGAGGUGUAACAGUGAAUAUAACGGUCAAAUGGUGUCAAGCUCAACUGACUAGCUAACCCAUUAAUAUACCUCAGAAAGUCAAACAGAGUUGCAUAGGGAAAUGAUGAAACUAAAUGUAAGUGUAACCUCCCACAUUUAAAAUAAUAGGUAGUGAUGUUCGCUGUCAUCCAGUGGAGACGGUUCAGAGUGAGAGGAGUUGAUCUGAAAUGCUGAAAUACUUGGACCAUGAGAAUCAGACUUGAUGUAUGUAAGGAGCUGACACGCAUAAUGAUUUGAUUUGUGUCUUUGUCUGUGACAGUAGGGCUUUUUCGCAGCAGAUGUUUUGAUUUGUCAUAAGGGGGAAAAUCACAGGUGUCACACAAAACAUUAUUGAACGUUCUGUUCUAUUAAUAAAGUCAUAACAGUGUGAUAGUGAGGCAGCAUGUACUACUCCAGGACCCUGAAACUGAAGCAGCUAAAUGGACUUCAGCAUUCAUCAAUGUUAUUUAUUGACAGCUGUGUUUUUCCUGUUGUGACCUGUCAUAAUGUGUUCAGUGAAGAAGGAUUGCCCCUUUACAAACGCUGCCAUUUCCCCCCCCUCUUUUUAUUGUUGCACUUUUCUUUGAACACUUCUACAUUACGUUUCACUCAGGAUUAUGAUUUGGAGAUUUAUUUUUUACACAACUUUGACCUAUCAUGCACUUAUUUUUUAAGUUUUUGCACAUGAAACAUUCCCUUUCACAGCACAUUUGUCUUUUCUCAUCUGCUGCCUUUCUGCUGUCGAUCGACCCAAAGAUGGGACGACAAGUCCUGAGUUAACAUCGCUGACAUUCGAUUUGAUUCUACCACACGUGCCUGAGAUGAAACUCUUACUUUGCUUUUUCUUUGUACAUAUACUGUAUGUAAACAAAUGACUUAAUCUUUUUUUCUCUGCUUUAAUAUGUUCAUGUCCUUUUCAGAAAAGACUUUGUGAAACAAAUGAUGCAUCAAAUGAUGGAAUAAUCAUGAAAUCCAUGUUCAUUGAGUUAAUCUGGAGCAUGGGUCUGUGAUCACUUCUUAAAUUAUACAGACUGAAAUAAAGGAAUUGGAGGCAGACUGGUUCCAUGUGACCUGUGCCAUUGUGUAACUGCAGUAUAGAUAAAGCUGGAGAAGCAGUGAUAUUAGAUUAAAAAUAGCAUGAGGGAUCAAUUUAAGAAUGGCCUACUGAGUCAUUGAUUCAGUUAUACACUUACUUGAAAGCAAGUGUUAAAUAAAUGGUACACAAACCCACAUCAAUAAACAGUCAUCAGACAGCCAUUAAUCAUUCUGAUCGACUGUUUAGUCCAUACCAUAAAUCAGCUGUUAUUCUACAGACACUUGAGCUUUUAUUUAUUUAUGAAUAAGUUUAAACCUAUAGCUUGUCAGGAUUAGCAGGGAGAAGCAAUAAUGAGAAAAAAAACUAAACACUUUCUAACUAGUCUGUCAUGGCUCAAGCAGAUUGUAAAUGAGUGAACAGAGAAGGUAACAGGUUUGACAACAUUGUCAGAUUUAGAUUGAGAUUACAGUAGCUUCAUCUUCUCACAAGUAUAUUCACAGCAGCACAUUCUUUAACUGUGACUGUUUGAGUAGGUCUGGUCUGGCUUGCUGUUGUUGACAGUGGUCCUGGUUUAAAGAAUUAACUGAGCUAGACAUCUGUGAUUUAGGAUCCAAAAUGAGGCAGGCAGCCUGUGUAUUGUAGCCUUUCUAUUUCAUGUCUGGGUUCAGUUUUUGUUGAAGUGCAAUUCUAGGUAAAACAUGUUAGAUUCCCACUUUAAGAGAGUAGGCAGAGGAACAAAUUCCCCCACUUUAUGCAGUCAUAAGCGCAAGAAGCCGCUCAAACAUGAUCAAUGCCAUCACCCUUGUCCAGAUUAAAAAUCUGUACCAGAUUGUACCUGGUUUAAUUAACUAGACUGGAUCCACAUUUAUAAAAUGAAUACACAAUAGAGAAACAAAAAAAUGUAAUUUGAGAGAGAAAUAGUCUCUUUAUUUGUUCUCCAAAUGUAAAUGAAAGCUUCAUGCCUUAUGUAUAUUUUCCAAAAGUAGCAAAUUGCAAGUAAAUACCGCUGGGUAUAAAAUGAGAAUGUAUCCCGAAUGUGUCUUUAAUGCAAAUGAAGGUAUUUGUAUGAGGAAUU